AUGGUUGUAUUUUCUUUUUUUCUGUGUUACGCACCAUUUGAGGCUGUACGUACAGUGGAAACACUUGAUGGGAAUCGUGUUUUGGCAACUUGCCCGCGUUUUAGUCCGGUUCGUGGCUCUGUGAAUGGUGUUAUACUUAUACUUAUUGGUAAGAGUACGGAUCGAUUUGUAUCUGAUAUGCUGCCACGUUUGGAGGCUUAUUUUCUUAAAAAUUAUUCGUAUCCUGUUCAUAUAUUUCAUGAAAACUUAUCGGAUGAUGUGCGUUUGGCAAUAACUGCUGCCAUACCUUCUGCAUACCGUGUAGAGUUGGAGGAUGUAAGUAGAUUCUGGAAUACGUUACCAGAUGGCAUCUCUGAGGAUCAAUUGCGUACAUGGAUGUCCACAGGAUCACAGCGAAAGACUCAGGGACGUGGAUAUCGUAUUAUGUGUCGUUUUUGGGCAGGACUUGUUUGGCAACUUCCCUCAUUGGACGCUUAUGAUUACUACUGGAGGUUAGAUGAUGAUUCGUUUCUUACUACUUAUGUUCCCUGUGAUGUCUUUCAGGUAAUGCAGUUACAUCAAUGUUCGUAUGGAUAUAUGUAUAUAAAGAAAGAUCCUCCCUCUGUGACGAAGGAUUUAUGGACAACGUUUCAGCGUUGGGCAUAUAGUACGUUAACACAAGAGGAAAUUUCUGUUAUUACGGAUAAGUUUGUUACAGGUAAUGAAACUCUGGGAAAGAAGAAAUUUCGUGCGUUUAUGUACUACAAUAAUUUUGAGAUUGGUACAAUAGCGUUAAAACGUCAUUUAUUGUAUACAUCUAUGUUUCGUUUCUUGGAUGAAGAGGAACCACGAGGGAUUAUGCAGUAUCGUUGGGGAGAUGCACCUAUACACACUUUGGGAGUGGAAGUCGUCAUGCAUCGUAUGGGUUGGAAAAAGUGUAAAUUCCCUGAUGCCUUUGGUGGAUAUAUACACAAGCCUAGAAAACCUCUCCCAGUACUUCCUCGGCGUGAAGUAAAAUAA